UAAAUAUGAUAAUUAACAAAAACAGCAAAAGUCUAUAAUUGUUAAGAAGUUGUACACCAACCUUAUCUGGCUUUGCCAUUUUGACCAAACUAUCUCAUUCAUAUCAUUUAAUCAGAUUUAUUCGGAUAUCAUAUAUUUGUGUUUUUUGUCUUUGCUUUUUCCAAACCCCUACCUACAUUCUUGUUUCAUAGGUAUAAUAGGUGCACAUGAAACCUCAAUUGUGGGGAUUUGAUCUAUGCUAGUGCUUGAUUUUCUUCUGCCUUAAAGGCUGUGUUUGAUCAUUCGAGUUAUCUUGCAAUAUUCAAUUAAUCAUGUGUGACCUUAUGUCCGCGCCAGCACCAAUCAAAAUUGGUCAUGAAAUGGAACAUUCUGAAGAUGAAAAGAAGAAAAGGGUUGGGUCUAUAAAGAAGGUGGCAAAGAGUGCCUCAACCAAGUUCAAGCAUUCCUUCGCCAAGAGGGGGAGGAAGCACAGCAGGGUUGUAUCUAUCGCUAUCCAGGAUGAUUUUGAUGCUGAAGAGUUACUGGCAGUUGACGCUUUUCGCCAAACACUUAUCUUGGACGAGCUAUUACCCGCAAAACAUGAUGAUCCUCAUAUGAUGCUAAGAUUUUUAAGGGCAAGAAAGUAUGACAUAGAGAAAACAAAACAAAUGUGGUCAGAUAUGCUUAAGUGGAGGAGUGAAUUUGGUGCUGACACUAUCAUGGAGGAUUUUGAAUUCGAGGAAAAAGAUGAAGUUCUAAAAUACUAUCCACAAGGGCAUCAUGGAGUUGAUAAGGAUGGUAGACCUGUUUACAUUGAAAGGUUGGGUCAGGUUGAUUGUAACAAGUUGCUGCAAGUAACAUCGGUGGAUCGUUAUCUCAAGUACCAUGUAAGAGAGUUCGAGAGGACUUUUACUGAGAAGUUGCCUGCAUGUUCAAUUGCCGCAAAGAAGCACAUUGACCAAAGCACAACUAUCUUGGAUGUGCAAGGAGUGGGUCUUAAAAGUAUGAACAAAGCUGCAAGGGAUCUCCUCCAGAAGCUUCAGAAGAUCGAUGGUGACAACUAUCCUGAGUCCCUCAACCGUAUGUUCAUCAUCAAUGCUGGUUCUGGAUUUAGGCUCUUGUGGAACACUGUUAAGUCAUUCCUAGAUCCCAAGACCACCUCCAAAAUCCAUGUCCUAGGUAACAAGUACCAGAGCAAGUUGCUUGAAAUCAUUGAUGCCAGUGAACUUCCAGAUUUCUUGGGUGGUACUUGUACUUGUGCAGAUAAAGGUGGAUGCAUGCUAUCUGACAAGGGUCCAUGGAAUGAUCCAGAGAUCUUGAAGAUGGCUCAAAAUGGUUUUGGCAAAUGCUCGAGAUUGCCCUUAUCCGCACAGAUUGAGGAGAAAACAAUCCAACAAGUUGAAACUGUAUAUCAGAAGGAAUACAAAGAUCCAUUUCCAGAGUCAUUCGAUGUUCAUUGCUUACCCCAUGAUGAACCUAAAUCCUAUGCUGUUGCAAAGAAAUGUGAUGUUUAUCAGUAUGAUUCCUAUGAUGUUCCAGUACAUGACAAAACAGUGGAUUCAUCAUGGAAGAAAACAAUACAACAUGACAAAUAUGCACUUUCUAAAGAUUGUUUCCCCAACAAUGAUGGAAAGAUUUCUGGUGGUGGGAUUAGCAAACAAUUUGUUGGUGGAAUAAUGGCCCUUUUGAUGGGAAUUGUGACCAUGAUUCGGAUGACAAGGAGCGUGCCAAAGAAAAUCACAGAAGCAGCACUUUAUGGUGGCAACUCAGUGUACUAUGAUGGGCCCAUGAUGAAAACAACACCUGCUGCAGUUUCAAACAAUGAGUAUAUGGCUAUGAUGAAACGCAUGGCUGAACUUGAAGAGAAAGUUACUGUUCUCAGUGUUAGGCCUAUCAUGCCUCCAGAAAAAGAGGAAUUGCUUAAUAAUGCUCUCUCUAGGGUCAGUACUCUUGAACAAGAGUUGGGUGCAACCAAAAAGGCACUAGAUGAUGCUCUUGCUCGCCAAGUAGGACUCCAAGCUCAGAUUGACAAGAAGAAAAAGAAGAAGUUGUUCCGCUUGCACUGGUAAAGGGACAAUUGUGUUUGUUUUGUGGCCUCCAAAAAACAAUAGUUGUAAAGUUGGAGGGUUUCUAUAUAUUCAGCCCGGUCGAAUGAAUGCCUCCAGCAGCAUUCUUCUAAGUUAUUCAUCUAGCAUUAUAUAAUUAUUAUUAUUAUUAUACCAUUAAUAUUAAUAAAGUUUGCCAUCUUUUGACAAUUGUGUACAUGUUAUAUUAUUGAGUCUCAAACCCAUUGAUAGUGACAUUUGGUUUUGAAUAUCAUUGUAAUUGUAACCCCUUUGCCUAUGCGCAAUCGAUCAUGAUAUAACAGUUUUCCCUAGUA